CACCAACACCCAUACUAUCUAUCACUCCUUCUAAAACACAAUGACGCACCGCAGCACCGCAGAGGAAAUGGACAGGCUUCAGCUGUCGGAUGAUGACUCUGAUGACCUUUGGGAUUCCCCCUCCAAACGCGGAAAUAAAAUGCUACACCACAGAGCUGUGAAGGAAGAAAGCAUGUCGCCAGAACCCACCAUUACCCAUGACGGAGGGGAAACUCUGUUUGACCGUCAGGAGGCGCGGGAGGCCGCAUUGCGCAGUGAAUUGGAAAGCGUCCGCAAGAUCAACCAGGUCAUUGAGGGGCUACUAGGAAGCUUGGAUUGUGCUAAGGAGAACAUGGGUACUGUCUCGCGCACCAUAGACUCCGCUUCCACCUUGCUCCAAACCUGGACGCGAAUCCUCUCCCAGACCGAACACAACCAGCGGUUAAUCCUCAAUCCUAAUUGGCAAGGCGCCGUUCAAGAUGUGGCCGACAUGGAAAACGAAGAAAUCCUCCGGCAACAGGCAGCAGAGAGACGCGAACGGGAACUUCAACAGCAAAGGGAAGCUGCUGCCCGGAAGGCUGAAGAAGACCAGCGUAAGAGAGCGCUGGCUGCGGGCACCCGCACUACACGUGGGACGGCCACUCGUGGACGGGUGCACAAUCAGGACUACCGCUUCUUCGACAUCCAAGCCAUCGACGACCUCCACGACGCGUAG